GUUUCAGCUUCCAGCUGUGACGUCAUCAUCAACAGUGACUCAAUGAAGAACGGAACUGUCAGUUCGCCCUCGUUUCCCAAUCCUUACGCGCCCCGAAGUCACUGUCGCUACGACUUCCAAGGAAGGGGGAAGGAAAGGGUGCAGAUCGUUUUCACAGACUUCAACCUCUACCACCCUACUGAUGACUCCAAGGAAUGUGAGAGCAUAGAUUCUCUAAUGGCGUACGUACUGAUAGAGGGGCGGAUGGAGAAGAUAGACAACUUCUGUGGCUCCAUGGUGCCCAAACCUCUCAUGAGCAACGGUCCCAGACUGAUGCUGGAGUUCCGGGGUAUCUACUCCUCUAGAUACGCCCGGGGAUUCAGAGCCACCUACACCUUCACUGAGAACUUCGGUGUCAUGACGGGGGUACAGCACGACGCCCUGCCCUGUGCCUUCAUGUUCAACAGCACCGGGCCCCAGGGCUCACCCAAUGGUACCUUCUCCUCUCCCAACUUCCCUGGGUUCUACCCCCGGGACACCGAGUGCCAUUACUUCUUCCACGGCGACACCAACCAGAGGGUGCGUCUUCACUUCCACUACUUCGACGUCGAAGGGUUCUUCCCCGAUACAUAAUGUUCCAGAUGUGAAGCGACUUCCGCCAGCGACUACGUGGAGUUCUCCAACUUCAUGGCACGCGACCGGAAGUACUCAAGGCACUGCGGACAACUCAAGGACUUCGAGAUUGAGUCUGACCGGAGGUUCUUCCGAGUGACGUUCUGGUCUAACGACCGCCUGGACGGUACCGGCUUCAACGCCAGUUAUCAGUUCAUCGAUGACGUGGAUACGGCACAUACGGUGCGGCCCACACUGAUGACGGGAGGUUCCCUCCGCCACACGCUACAGGUCUGGUGGUUGGCGUGGUUCCUGGUGCUUCUCCGCUGACCUUCCUCGCAUUGACCUUCUUCGCGUCGACUAUCAUCGUCCAGUGGCUAGAGACAGAUACUUAUAUAGUGUGCAUGUCACAAGAUAUAAAAAUCAGAAUGGACACGGGUGUUUAUAUAGUGCUAGCUCAAAAUGUGUGAUUGGGUUUUAUAUCACGGGUUUUAGGAAUGACACAGUCUCGUAGGUAAAUGGUUUCCUGUUUAUUGGUAAUCGAAAUUUUCAUUUCAGAAUUAAAACAUUCUAAAAUUGUAACAAUAUGGUAAUUACAACCAUGUUUAUAUUGUUUAAUAUUCAAAAAUACCUAACCUUCAAGUAGGGAGUAAUAUACUCUAACAUUUUUCAUUUACGAUUGUGGCAUGAAAUCUCAUCGCUUUUACCUACAGUAUUUUGUGUUUUAGCUCACCAGUAAAUUUAUUAUAAACCUAUGGUAUUUAAUUCUGAAAUGGAACUGGUACUUUAUGCACAAAACCUUCUUGAACAUGUGUCCUUACAAUGGCUAAAUUAUUAGUAUGAUAUUGUUUAUUCAUUUACUAUGACCCUUUGAAAUUUUCGACAGAACACGGCAUGCAAUUAAGAGAAAAUUAAUCAGUCUUACAUAAAAAAAUGAAUAAGUAACACUUUUCAGUCUAUAAACUCUGUAUUGUAAGGAUUUCUUAAAAAACACAAAACAUUAUGAAAUGCUUUUAUUAUAAGUAGCACCCAGACAGAUUGAAUUCGUUUUAAAGCAGAGUUUUAGGGUGACUUGUUUUCUUCUUUUACAUCACAAAUUCUGGAAUAUCGUGUGGCAGCCUUUUACAUAGCGUAUAAAUAUACAAACUUUUACCGUUUACAAGCUGAUAGCUUUUGUUUUAGAGGUAACUCCUAACAAGCUUAGUUGCAUUAGUGUUAACUGAUAUAAACACUGCAAUGAAUAUUAAUUUUAGGACCUAUUGAUCGAUGUUUCAUUGUUUUUUAGAUAUAUUUUUUUUAAUAUUUCAAACCACAAAUUUAAAUAAUUUUACAUUGAAUAUACGCACUCACUAGUAAACACUUUCAUGUAUAACCUUCUGUUGACAGCUAAAAAUAUUUCAAUUAACGACUGAAAGAAAAAGUUCCUAUUCACUAACAGCACAAUCACUUUCUAAUCCUCGUAUAAUUCAACUACAUACAACUAUAUCAUAGUGUUAUUAGGCUAACAAUUUUACAUGAAGAUAAAAAAUGAUGAUCCAUGAUGAUGUAAUUUAGUUUUUAUAAAAUUCAUAAUAAAAAAAUAUAGCCAUUUACUAUAAAAACUAAUAUUAUUUAUUCAAAUAAUAUCCUUUAAAAAAGACUAAAUCUAACAAUGCACGCAUUAAAAAAUGUUUCAUUGGCAUUUAUGAGUAGUUAUCAAAAUAAUGCCAAGAUAGAAGAUUCCCUUUGUUACCUGUGAUUUCAUUUAUUUCUUCCAGCAUUUUCUUUUUAAAUAGCAUUUUUUAUUAAUCAUGAAAGUACAUUUGGUAGCUAUGAAAUACGGGAUGAAAUUUACAGAAUAAAAUCAUUCUUUUUCCGUUUUAGAAUUACCGUUACUGCUGUGUACAUUACAAAUUUUUUCAUUAGCCCUUGACAACUUUGCUCGCUACAAUAAAAUCCCAACAAUUUAUCAGUUCUUUUGCUCUAUUAAUAUCAGCUCAGCAUUAGCGUUGUUCGCCAUGAACUCUGGUAGGAUGCACAGGAAUGAUUGUAGAUCUUCGAGCUCGCAUAGGAUUUAAGUCAAGAUUGUUAACUGUAUGACGUGUUACGAAUAUUUAUCAUAAGUUAGAAUAUAAAUAAUCUAUUGUAUGUUUUAUACUGAAACAAUUACGGCAAAACUAAUUAUAUAGAUGAACAAUUUUCGAAAGUAGGCCUAUGACUACAGUCUAGUUUUGUACAGAAUUAUAUAAGUACUUAACUCUACUAGGUCACUACGAUUACUAUUAGUGUUUAAUUCGUGCUUUACGUAGUCUUCCUUGAUUUGUUAUGUAAAUAAUUGGAAAGGUAUUUUCUUGAUUGAUUUUGUGAUAGGUAUUCGCUCUAUAAAAUGUUAUAAUGUCAGAGUUAUAAGGUACGUUGUGUAUUGUUGAUUUGAUAACAGCUCCAAGGUUUAUUGUAUUGCGUUGUUGUUUAACCAGCCCUUGUGGGAAUAAUAGACAGUAUUGAACACCUUUUUUUAAAUAAAUAUAUUAGUUUGUUAAAAUUUUCAGAAUGAUAUUUUGAAGGAAUUUCGUAAAAUUACCAAUUAAAUCUAAUAUAAUAUGUACAUAACUUGAAAUCGUAGUAAAACUGAGAUUGUUAUUAGGUGAUUUUGUUCAUUUGAAAUCUUACUUAGGUAUCAACAAUUCAAAACUAUUCCUCUUAAAAACACUGCUUUCACGAAUUUAUUACAUGUAACUGGAAUUCUUUAAAUUGAAUCAAACAAGUUUUACACAAAAAUUAUUCAAUCCCUCAAUCUGUUGCGGGGUAUACCAUCCAUAUUUUAACUGUACAGUCUGGUAGGGACUUUAUUAAUUAUUAAGAUGUAUUAAAAACCAUUAAAUUCAGCUAUAUAAAGUAAGAGAGUGUCCGAAGUAUCAAAUUUCAUAUUUUAAACUAUUAACGUGAAAAAAUAUAAUUUAAAAUUUUUCAAACAUUCGAUUUAAUACUUAAAAACGUAACUAAUUCGUUAUUCUCAUUUUUUAAAUUUAAUUAUUUGUUUUUAAAAUCGCAAAAUUUACAUGUGUUUCAAUACUGUCAACCAUUACAGGUAUUAUUUUACCUUAUAUUAGUUGUAAAUGUCAAUGACAAGAGUCAAUUUUAAAACGAAGAAAAUGUGGUAUGAGUAAAUAUUGUUUUGCAAGAUUACACCAUGCAUGUAUAAUUACUGUCCAUCAGGUGUAUCAAUUGUAAAUUAGACAAACAGGUAUACCAGCUGUAUGACAAACCAAUACAUUUUUUUAGAAAUAUGAAA